CGGAGGCUCUGGGGGACGGCGGGCGCGGGCGCGCACGGGAGGCACGGGCAGUCGGCGCCGGGCGGACCCUCGGUGGGCAGCGCGCCCACUUCCCCGGGCCGCGGCUGCGGGCGGCUCCGGCCCGCGCGGCCCCUCCGCCUUCAAGUCUGGGAGCUCCCGGCCCCACGCUGCCGGUGCCCAUGGGGAUCCGAGAGUUUCCCGGCGGCGCACCCAGGAGCAAAAGCAUCGCCGUUGGCAUGAGGAGGUCACCGGACGUCAGCCCCCGGAGACUGUCCGACAUCAGCCCCCAGCUCCGGCAGCUCAAGUACCUGGUGGUGGACGAGGCUAUUAAGGAGGACCUGAAAUGGUCGCGCUCUGUGGAGGACCUCACUAGCGGGCCCGUGGGACUCACGUCCAUUGAGGAGCGGAUCCUGCGCAUCACAGGCUACUACGGCUACCAGCCCUGGGCAGCGAGCUACAAAAGGGAGGAGCGCCCCCGGGACUCCCCGGGCCCGGCGGAGGCCCAGGCACCGGCUGGGGCAGAUGCCAGCGGCCGAACGAGCCACCCCUGCUGGAGAUGCUCCCGGGCACAGCUCAAGAAGAUUUUCUGGGGCGUGGCGGUGGUGCUGUGCGUGUGUUCCUCCUGGGCGGGCUCCACGCAGCUUGCCAAGCUGACCUUCAGGAAGUUCGAUGCUCCCUUCACCUUGACGUGGUUUGCCACCAACUGGAACUUUCUGUUUUUCCCGUUGUAUUACGUGGGGCACGUCUGCAAGUCGGAGGAGAAGCAGUCUGUGAGGCAGAGAUACAGGGAAUGCUGUCGAUUUUUUGGAGACAAUGGCUUGACUUUGAAGGUGUUUUUUACCAAGGCAGCACCCUUUGGUGUUCUUUGGACACUCACAAACUACUUGUACUUACAUGCAAUAAAGAAAGUAAACACUACGGAUGUCUCCGUGUUGUUCUGCUGCAACAAAGCUUUUGUGUUCUUGCUCUCAUGGAUCGUUCUCAGGGACAGGUUCAUGGGAGUGAGGAUCGUGGCCGCCAUCCUCGCCAUUGCUGGGAUCGUGAUGAUGACCUACGCCGACGGCUUCCACAGCCACUCUGUCAUCGGCAUAGCGCUGGUGGUGGGCUCUGCGUCCAUGUCUGCCCUGUACAAGGUUCUGUUCAAGCUCCUCCUGGGCAGUGCUAAGUUCGGAGAAGCCGCCUUAUUUUUGUCCAUUUUGGGCGUGUUUAACAUCCUCUUCAUCACCUGUAUCCCCGUCAUCCUCUACUUCACCAAAGUGGAAUACUGGAGCUCGUUCCAUGACAUUCCAUGGGGGAACCUUUGUGGAUUUUCAGUCCUCUUGUUGACAUUCAAUAUCGUAUUAAAUUUUGGAAUCGCUGUUACGUAUCCCACUCUGAUGUCUGUUGGAAUCGUCCUCAGUGUACCUGUGAAUGCAGUGGUGGAUCACUACACCAGUAAGAUAGUCUUCAACGGGGUGCGGGUUAUCGCCAUCAUCAUCAUCGGCCUGGGCUUCCUCCUCCUGCUUCUGCCCGAGGAGUGGGACGUCUGGCUCAUCAAGCUUCUCACCCGCCUCAAAGUGAGGAAGAAGGAGGAGACGGCAGAGGGCGGCGCGGACCCGGGCUCGGGGCCUCAGAGCAAGAGCCGAAGGGCCCGGCCCUCCUUCGCGCGCUGACCGCGGCCCUGCAGGACUCUGCGGCGAUCGCUCACGCUCGGGUUAGGGCCUCGGAGGUCUGCUCCGGACGGGGGAACCCUCGGUUGGGUAAGGUGUGUACAUACCUGUACAGUUCCGGUAACCUGCGGUAAGUUAUACGGUAUUUAUUGGCAUGUCCAAUUUGCUUGCACUUUUCCCACAUCAGACCUUUCACCCAAGGGUACCAGUUCCAAGUGGAAGAGAAGAGACGAGCCUCCGGCCCUUUCGAAAUGAAUGUCAAAGUCCAUGUCAGUGUUCGGGGGGACAAGAGGCAGGGCGCGUGUUUUGAAUCUUAGCAACUGCAAAUUACAUUGCACACUGUGAUUAUUUUCCAGCUAUGGUAGGGUCACAUUUUGUUUUAUACCAGAGCUGUACUCUUAAUUUUAAGGGAUUUCAAAUGAACCAAAAGACAACUGUAAGUCACUUUGAGUGGUUGGAGGAUGGAUGGAGGGAUGGAUGCCAAGAGAGGAAGCAGAAAGGUCCAAACGGACUUCGGGACCCACCGGCGGUGGCUGAGCUGGGGGUGGCAGGUGGAGGACAGGCCCCAGCCAGGUUACAGAGAGGGAAGGAGGAGUCGGAGCCCCAGCUGGCCUGCUCUCACGUGAGUGUGUAAGAUCGUGCAAGAGAAAUUACAGUGCCUUCUACAGAAUUUUUGUCCUUACCUACGUGAAGCGAGGUGACAUUGUAAGUCACUGGCGCCGUCUUAUAAUUUAGAUGUACAAAAUCUUUAGAAACAAAACUAUGUGUGUGUACAUGUACAAAAACAACAGGCUGACGACCAGUGUAAGGGAACAUGGCUAGCGGUGUGCAUUGCACAUGUCAGAUGGACACGGCGAGACUGUGAACUGCUGGUUGCUUUUACUCCAUGACCAAGAUGGAAAAAUUAUCUACCGAAUCUGUAAACCUUUUUAUGAAACUUUUAAAGCACCAGGCUGUUUACUUACACAGUUUAGGUCUGCCAGAAAAUUCUAUCUGUGAUAGAUCUGUCAAGAGGGACGUGGGGGUUAGAGUUUACUAUUUUUGAAGUUUACAUUGUUACAUACGAAAUGGAAACCUUAUUUUGAAAUGUUGUCAUAACCCAGUGGUGCAUUCUGUGACCAUGGAGUCUUUCGUUUCCUAGGGGAAAGGGGCAUUCAUGACCUGAACUUUGUAGCAAAUUAUUAUUCUCAGUUUCCAUUACCUGUUUGGCCAAACAGAUUAAUAAACUAUUUAAAAAAGAAGCAUUUCGCACCGCGUUGGUGGCCACUUUGUCACAGCCCCACUGUGCCCCUUCCCUCCUCGCCUUCCCCUUGGCUCCCAGCAGGUCCCGCCCUCCUGACCCAUCCAGGCUCGCGAACCAGCCCAGACACCUCAGAGGAAGAAAAUUCUUACUGGAACAACAGAGUUGACUGUCUCCAAAGCAAAACAAGGGCAGGAGCUCCUGAACUCACCUCCAUCUCUCCUUUGUGCCCCUCUCCUUUCCCUCCAGGUGCCUGUCUGCCCCAUCCCUCCCCACUCAGCCCUGGGUGUCCCUGUUCUCUCUCAUUUUUUUGCAUGGACUCGUUCAUCCGAGCAGCUCGCACCGACCCCUCCUAGCUGCCUCCAAGCGGCAGCCGCAGUCCCCAUGUGGACAUGGUCUUCCAGCUCCCCUCACACACCUCCCUUCUGCCUGCGCGUCCUAACCCCGUUCUAGCUCUGGAGAGUUUGUUGUACCGGCUUCGGUAGCACACACACAUUUCUGUUCCAGGCAGCUCCAGCCAGGGGCUGUCAAGUUCAAUGUCUCUCACUCUGCAGCUGCAAACAGAGGUGCUCUAAGGGUGGGAGGAGGGCGUGAGCAGAGAGAGCAGAUGGCGAGAACACCUCAUCCUUCCAGCCACACCUAGAGAGACUCCACACCAUGGGGUGUUUGCUUGCUAUGUGGGGUCGGAACCCGGGAGCUGAGCUGUCCAAGGCAGAGAGGUCCCUGCCUGACGUGUCCAGUAUGUGCUGUGAGGAGGAUCCCAUACACCCCCUCAACGGAGCUGGGAUGAGUCCCCUCCAGGAUUCUGUCUGGGCUCCAGACCUCUCCAGUAUCCUCAGGGGGGCAAGCAAACAUUUUGGAGGUAAGCCAUAAUGUGAAAACAUUGGGAAACCCAGCCCUGGAGUAGAGUCGACUACCUCAUUCUCCUAUUGGCAUAAAAGGCCAUGAAGACCCAAAAUUAUUGCAAGCAGGGGCUCGGAGGGAUAUUUGUACACCCUGUUCACUGCAGCCUUAUUCUCAGCAGCCAAGGGUUGGAGACCACCCAAGCAUCUGCCAGUGGCUGAAUAGACAAACAACAUGUACACAAACAGAAUAGUAUUUAGCCUUAAAAAAGGGGGGGGGGGAUUCUGACCGAUGUUGCCACAUGGAUGAAUCUUGAAGACAUAAUGCCGAAUGAAGUAAGUCACAAAAAUCCACAAAUAUAGGAUUCUCUUUAUGUGAGGUACCCAAAGUCGUCAAGUUCAUAGAUCCAGAAGGUAGAAUGGCGGUUACUAGGGACUGGGGAUGAAGAGACAUCAUUCAGUGAGGACAGAGUUUUAAUUCUGUAAAAUAAAGAUGUUCUGGGAGGUGGGUGGUGGUGAUGGCCGCCCAAUAAUGUGAAUGAACCGAACCCCUAAAAAUCCUUAUAUAGUAAAUUUCAUGUAUAUUUUAUCAUAAUAAAAAAAGAAACUUUGAAGGCUAAGCUAUGUGAAAUAAAAAAGAUUAGGACUCUAGGAAUGGUUGAAGGCUCUUUCAGGAAUAAGGUAGGAGAGAUUUGAGAUGUUUCUUUCCAGAAAGAAGCCAAACCACAACCUCUCAUCCCCACCUCAAGCAGGUUUCAAGGACUGGGAUGAGCUGUGGCCAACCCGGAAGGAAUCUAGAAGAGAAAAUCCCAGAAAAGACUCCCUCCCAGGGGAACCAUUGGGGUGACUCUGGGAAAACAGCCUCCAUCUCUGCUCUGUCUGGGGAAAUCGUCUGCCCUCUAGAGGCCAGUCUGGAUAACAACACAGGGAUGAUUGUAUUUCCACGCCUUUUGAGGAUUAGGAGGGGAGACAGAAGGUACAAAGGGGAGUAAGGGGCCUCUGCUGCUGAUCCAGGUGCCAGACCCUCAGAGCCUCCAGCCCUACCUCCUGCUCCAUCAGAAUACAGGUGCGAAGUGACCAGCCGCCUUGCUACAACCCGUCAGAGCGGUCUCUAGGAGCUCCUACCUGCUCACAUCUGCCGUGCAGAUGCCCAGGAUAAAGAGAAUCAAGAGAGAAGACAUUGUUGCCAGAGACCUCCGGCCCUGGAGAACAGAAAAGCAUCCUCAAGAAGAGGUUCUUCACCAUAAGGAAAAAACCAACGGAACAUAAAAAUCUCCAGAAGGACAUUCCAGGAAUCUCCAGUGUUUCCUCCUCAUUAGAAAUAGAAGAGCAACUGGUCACUUGAUCUCUUCAGUUUCUUAGGAAUCUACUGAGCGCUAGUGAUGUGGGGGAUAUCAGAGGCUAGGGGGGAACUAAAGUUAACCCAUAGCUCUGGAAACCCUGUUUAUGCCCACCUGCAGCAGCGUGCCUGAGGGGAGAGGGGGCAUUUUGUGAUACCAGGUGCAAUCAGACACAUGGCUGGUGAGUAGCCCAAACUCAUUCAUGUCCAAAACAUACUCCUGGUCCCCAGAGAGCUCUCCCCUGAGCAACAGCUAUGGGACCUAGACCCCUUCCAUGUGUCUUUUCAUAUUCAACGUGCAAUUUCAAAAUGGCGGUGCUCCUUGACAGGCCAGAGAGGAGAGUCCUGGAAGUAGCUCUUCUCACUUCUGCUAGAAGUUCAGAAAAUGGGUCAGUUUGAUGGACCUUCUGGCUGGUCUGUGCCCACCAAGAAGGGGUCAAUUUGGGUAUAAAGAAAGAAAAGAUGGUGGUAUAUCACUAUGGUGUUCUCUCUCUUUUUUUUUUUUUCAUGAUUUUUUAUUUAUUGAAGAGAGAGAGCAUGAGCGGGGAACAGAAGGCAGAAGGAGAGGGGGCAGACUUCCUGCCGGACUCAGGAUUCCAUCCCAGGACCCCGAGAUCAUGACCUGAGCAGAAGGCUGGCACAAUGGGAUUACAAGAGCUCAGCUUUCAAGAAAUGUAGACUAGACUGAUAUCAGCAAAUUGGUGGGAAAGGCAGCUCCAAGUUCUUGAAGCCCUCCCCCCAGAAACAUGGAAAACCAAGAACUGUCAGUACCAACUUUACCAGAACUCUGGAAAACAGUCAAAAGUUUAUGGCAACCAAAUGAGCACAGACUCAAAAAAUGGGAAUUUCAAAAUGGUGGGAAAUUUCAUGGUGAUCUUUUUACUUGUCUUUCCCUCAUGUCCUCCCCAGUACAGCAGCAGUUUUGGUCUUAAAAACUUAGCAGUCCACAUUUCUGGUCCCUGGCUCUGGAGGGAGUUGUGAAGACCUUACCCACAAGUCAUUAUGUGUUAUGGACUGAAUCGCACCCCCCUCAAAAUUCAUAUGUUGAAGCCCUAACCCCCAAUGUGACAGUAUUGGAGAAAGGGCCUUAAGGGAAAGAACUAAGGUUAAUUGAGGUCACAAGGGUGGGACUCUAAUCCAGUAGGAUGGGUGUCCUUGUAAGAAGAGCCUGUAUGAGGACACAGCAAGACAACAGCCAUCUGUAAGCCAGGAAGAGUGGCUUUACCCGAAACCAACCCUGAUAGCAACUGGACCUUAGACUUCUAGCUUCUAGAACUGUGAAGAAAUAAAAUCUGUUGUUUAUUCUA